CAUGCAUAUAAAUAGAAGGUAAUUUAAACGAUUUUUAUAAAGAUUUUUCUAUUCUGUUCUACAGUUUUUACUGCAAUAACAAUGAAAGCCACUUAUAUUUCUCUCUUACUUUUUGUAAGUUUCGCCAACUUAUGCUUUUCUUCCCCUGUACCAGAUGAGCUACCAAAUGGAAACGGUCAAGGGAUGGAAAAUUUGCUACCUUUGGGACCCCUACCUCCACCACCUCCACCACCUCCACCACCUCAUGAGAGUCUCCUCAAUAAAGUUGAAAAAUUUAUUUCAACUGAUGCUCAUGAUGUAGGAAAAGAUGUAGGUGAAGGUGUGUCAAAAAUUAAAAAUUUUCUAGAAAGGAAAAAGAUUGAAUUAAAAGAUGCUUUCUGGAGGUUAAGAGAAGCCGCUUCAGAUGUUAAUGGUGACAUAGGUUAUUUGCUCCAUUCAAUAAUACAAAAAAUUGAAAACCUUAUACCAGCAGAUAUUGCACAGAAACUCUCAACAUUAAAACAGGAUGCAAUAAGAGAAGAGUUAAAGACCUUGCGUGUUCUUAUCAUUGAUCUCCAAAGAAUAAUUUUUGAUCAAUAUAAAGAAGGAAAUAACGUUGGUCAAGAUAUUACAAAUAAACUCUCAAUAUUAAAACAGGAUGCAAUAAGAGAAGAGUUAAAGACCUUGCAUGAUCUUCUCAAUGAAUUCGAAAGAAUAAUUUCAAGUGAAGCUAAAGAAGUAGGAAAUAAUAUUGGUCAAGAAAAUGGGCCACCUCAAGGACCCCCACCUCAAGGACCCCCACCUCCAUCUGGCGGUCAAUGGGCAGGAAAUGAGCAACCUUUCGGACCUCCACCUCAAUCUCCACCUGGCGAUAAUUACCAGGGUCCUGUUGGGCAGUGAAUAAGACUCUAUUAACAAUAUAACAGAAAAUUUUAUUUAAACAAACUUAAUAAUUUGCUAAUAAAUAAAAUAUAAUAAUGUACAUUAUUUGAUGUAUUCAAUAAAUAUCUGUUAUUGAUAUAA